AAAUAGCCUAUAACAAAUGAAGUGGAGGUUUGAAUGAAAACUAGGCGUCUCCUCCCUCUGUCUCCCCGCCCUCGGAGGCGUUUCAAAGCCCGAAGAGUAAUGACCAAAUAUCGGUCCCAGCUGAAGAAGAUAGCCCUGUCUUCCCUCUCUAAAAGCAGUUGAAUAGAUAAGACCGACAGAAAACAGCCAUGGGGGAUGACAGUGAAUGGAUGAAGUUACCCAUCGACCAGAAAUGUGAACACAAGAUUUGGAAAGCGAGAUUAAACGGAUACGAGGAAGCAUUGAAGCUCUUCCAGAGGAUAGAAGACGAGAAGAGCCCAGAAUGGGGCAAAUACCUUGGACUUGUCAAGAAAUUCGUAACAGAUUCCAAUGCCGUAGCCCAACUCAAAGGACUGGAGGCAGCACUUGCUUAUAUCGAGAAUGCACACGUGGCUGGCAAGACAACAGGGGAAGUGGUUUCUGGAGUAGUCGGCAAAGUCUUCAACCAGCCCAAAGCGCGAGCCAAGGAGUUGGGUUCUGAUAUCUGCCUCAUGUACAUAGAGAUUGAGAAAGCAGAAGUGGUCCAGGAUGAGCUGAUCAAAGGACUGGAUAACAAGAACCCCAAGAUUGUUGUUGCUUGUAUUGAGACGCUACGGAAGGCACUUUGUGAAUUUGGAUCGAAGAUCAUAACGCUCAAGCCUGUGGUGAAAGUCUUGCCAAAACUUUUCGAGUCUCGAGAAAAGGCAGUUCGAGAUGAAGCCAAAUUGCUGGCGGUGGAGAUCUAUAGGUGGAUCCGCGAUGCUCUGCGAGCUCCCCUCCAGAAUAUUAAUUCCGUACAGUUGAAAGAUUUGGAGGAAGAAUGGGUGAAACUCCCAACUACAGCUCCUAAGCAGACCAGGUUCUUACGCUCUCAACAGGACCUGAAGGCCAAGUUUGAGCAGCAGCAAGCUGCAGGAGGAGAUGAGGCGGACGGUGACAAUGAUGAGGAGACUGAAGCUGUUCAGGUUGAUCCUUAUGAGCUCUUGGAAGCCGUUGAGAUCCUUUCAAAACUUCCUAAAGACUUCUACGAAAAAAUCGAAGCAAAAAAAUGGCAGGAGAGGAAGGAAGCGUUGGAGGCAGUAGAGGCUUUGACUAAGAACCCAAAACUCGAGAAUGGAGACUAUGGGGACCUGGUCCGAGCAUUAAAAAAGGUUAUUGGGAAAGAUGCCAAUGUAAUGCUAGUGGCCAUGGCAGCCAAGUGCUUAGCUGGACUGGCAGCAGGACUGAGGAAGAAGUUUGGUACAUAUGCAGGUCUUGUGGUGCCAACCAUCUUGGAAAAGUUCAAAGAGAAAAAACCUCAGGUGGUUCAGGCCUUGCAGGAGGCCAUUGAUGCAGUCUUCCUUACUACAACCUUGCAGAACAUCAGUGAGGAUGUUCUGGGAGUGAUGGACAACAAGAACCCCUCCAUCAAGCAACAGGCUUCACUGUUCCUCGCCAGAAGCUUCUGUCACUGCACCCCGAGCACUUUGCCAAAAAGCGUUCUGAAGCCCUUCUGUGCAGCGUUCCUCAAGCAAGUGAAUGAUUCUGCUCCGGAGGUUAGAGAUGCUGCUUUUGAGGCUUUGGGGACGGCCAUGAAGGUGGUUGGGGAGAAAGCAGUCAACCCAUACCUGACUGAUGUUGACAAACUCAAGUUGGACAAGAUAAAAGAAUGUGCUGAUAAAGUGCAGCUUGUUGGCAAGAAAGGAGGUGGUGGUGGUGGUGGAGGAGAGAAGAAAGAGAAACCUGCUGCUAAAGCACCUCCACCUGUGGAAGCACCUGCCAAAUCAUCCGGGCCUUCUAAGAAAGCUCCUCCUGCAAAGGCUGCAGGACCUCCCAAGAAGGGCAAACCUGCCUCUGCCCCAAGUGCAAAGUCCAAGAAAGCUCCAGACACUAAAGAAGUUGUCGAGACUGAGUUAUCUCUGGAAGUGUGUGAGGAGAGAGCGGCUGCUGUGCUCCCAGCCUCCUGUAUGCAGCUGCUGGACAGCGGCAACUGGAAGGAGAGACUUGCUAGCAUGGAGGAGUUUCAGAGGGCUGUGGAGCAGAUGGACAAAUCUGAAAUGCCAUGCCAGGCUUUAGUCAGGAUGCUGGCUAAGAAACCUGGAUGGAAAGAGACCAACUUUCAGGUGAUGCAAAUGAAGCUCCACAUUGUGGGUCUGAUUGCACAAAAGGGAUUGUUCUCAAAGACAUCCGCACUGGUGGUUCUGGAUGGCUUGGUUGAUAAGGUUGGUGACGUGAAGUGUGGAAGUAACGCUAAAGAGGCUCUCACUGCGAUCGGGGAGGCCUGUUCUCUGCCCUGGACUGCUGAACAGGUUGUCUCAAUGGCUUUUGCUCAGAAGAAUCCUAAAAACCAAGCAGAGACAUUGAACUGGUUGGCCAAUGCCAUGAAGGAGUUUGGAUUUGCAGGAAUAAAUGUCAAGGCGUUCAUCAACAACGUCAAAACUGCUCUUGGUGCCACAAACCCUGCUGUGAGGACAUCAGCUAUCGCUCUUUUGGGAGUCAUGUACCUGUACAUGGGCGCUCCCCUGCGCAUGUUCUUUGAAGAUGAGAAACCAGCCCUCCUUUCACAAAUAGAUGCUGAGUUUGAGAAGAUGCAAGGACAGUCUCCUCCCGCCCCAAUCCGUGGCACCACCAAAAAAGCAGGAGCUGAGGAGGAGGGAGAUGCGGCUGAAGAAGAGGAGGUGGACGGUGGAGCCGGAGACAUCAUGGACCUGCUGCCCAGAACUGAUAUCAGUGAUAAAAUCACGUAUGACAUGGUGUCAAAGAUCAGUGACAAGAACUGGAAGGUCAGAAAGGAGGGUCUUGAUGAGGUGGCGGCCAUCAUUUCUGAGGCCAAAUUCAUUCAGGCCAGCAUCGGCGAGCUGCCAAUGGCACUGAAGGGCCGUCUCAAUGACUCCAAUAAACUACUGGUCCAGCAGACUCUCAAUAUUCUGCAGCAGAUAGCCACUGCCAUGGGUCCGUUUCUCAAACAGCACGUCAAGAACUUGGGAAUUCCUGUCAUCACUGUUCUCGGUGAUAGCAAGGCUAACGUCCGUGCUGCUGCCAUGACGACACUGAACGCUUGGGUGGAACAGACUGGAAUGAAGGAGUGGCUUGAAGGAGAGGACCUUUCAGAGGAGCUCAAGAAGGAAAACCCCUUCCUCAGACAGGAGUUGCUGGGCUGGCUGGCUGAGAAGCUGCCCACCCUGCGUACGGUGCCCGCGGACCUCAUGCUGUGUGUGCCUCACCUGUACGCCUGCCUGGAGGACCGCAGCGGCGACGUGCGCAAGAAAGCUCAGGAUGCCCUCCCCACCUUCAUGAUGCACCUGAGCUACGAGAAGAUGGUCAAGGCUACUGGCAAACUGAAGCCGGCUUCAAAGGACCAGGUGGUUGGCAUGCUGGAGAAGGCCAGGGCUGUAAUGCCAGCCAAGCCUGCAGCUCCUGCCAAAGCUGCAGCUUCCAAACCCGCCUCCAGCGCUCCUGCUGCCAAACCAGCUUCAGCUCCAGCCAGGAACCAAAGUCCCAGUGAAGACUUCAGUGAACCAGAACCCAAACCAGACACAAAGAAAGCUAAACCAGCAGGUCCUGCAGCUAAAAAGAACGAGAGCAUGGAGCUCAAGGUGAAGGGAGAGAAAGAUAAUGCUAAACAAAACAGGCUCUCAAGAGGGACGCCUAACAGCGAGAAGGGAGUUGUGGGUAAGAAACCUCCAGUUAAGGCUGGGGCAAAGGAUGAGGAGGACAGAUCUGGUCCCAUCUUCAUCCUCGUUCCCAAUGGCAAAGAGCAGAGGAUCAAGGAAGAGAGGGCGUUAAAGAUUCUGAAGUGGAACUUCAUGACUCCUCGUGACGAGUAUGUGGAGCAGCUGAAGACUCAAAUGUCGACAUGUCUGGCCAAGUGGCUCCAAGACGAACUCUUCCACUUUGACUUUCAGCGUCAUGUAAAAGCUAUUGGAGCCAUGAUUGAGCACAUGGAGCCGGAGUAUGAUGCUGUGAUUGGCUGUCUGGACCUGGUGUUGAAGUGGUUCACCUUGCGGUUUUUUGACACCAACACCAGUGUGCUGAUGAAAGCCCUGGAGUUCCUCAAGCUGCUCUUCACCAUGCUGAGCAGGAAGAACUACCAGCUCAGCGACUACGAGGCCUCGUCCUUCAUCCCCUACCUGAUCCUCAAGGUUGGAGAAUCAAAAGAUGUGGUGCGCAAAGACGUUCGUGCUAUUCUGACGAUGCUGUGUAAAGUCUAUGCAGCCAGUAAAGUCUUCCCCUUCCUUAUGGAUGGAACCAAAUCAAAGAACUCCAAGCAGAGAUCUGAAUGUCUCGAGGAGCUUGGAUGCCUGAUUGAGAACUUCGGUAUGAAUGUGUGCCAGCCGACUCCGGCCAAGGCUCUUAAAGAAAUCGCCAUUCACAUCGGAGACCGUGACACUACGGUCCGCAAUGCUGCUCUCAAUACCGUCGUGGCUGCCUACAACACCUGUGGAGACCAGGUCUUCAAACUCAUCGGCAAUCUCUCCGAAAAAGAAAUGAGCAUGCUUGAGGAGAGAAUCAAACGUUCGGCCAAGAAGACGCCUGUGGCCUCAACCAAACAGGAGCGACCCCAGAGAGAGCAACCCACCAAUCCCAAUGCAACCUUCCUCCGCAAGCCUGCUCAAGAGGAAGUGCCCAACAAGCUCAAUCAAGCCCGGGCACAGAACGCUCACUUGGAGCAGUCUGCUCCGUCCAUCCCUAAAGAGUUUCAGUUGGAUUUGGACGUGUUUGAGAACAACCACACAUGUGCCAGCGAUAUCCCCGACCUAGUGCAGCACAAACUGGAUGAAGUUCUGGAGCCGGUCAUGAUUCCUGAGCGCAAGAUGCGUUCGGUCUCUCCUCAUUUCGACGACAUUCACAAUAGCACUGCCUCCACCAUCAACUUCGUCAUCUCACAGGUGGCCAGUGGGGACAUCAACACUAGUAUCCAGGCCUUGGCACAGAUUGAUGAGGUCUUGAGGCAGGCGGACAAAGCGGAAGCCAUGUCUGGACACAUCGACCAGUUCCUCAUCGCCACUUUCAUGCAGCUGCGGCUUAUUUACAACACGCACAUGGCCGACGAUCGGCUGGACAAGAAGGACAUCUUCAAACUCUACAGCUGCAUCAUUGGAAACAUGCUCUCUCUGUUCUCGAUGGAGAGUCUGGCGCGGGAGGCCUCCAUGGGCGUCCUGAAGGACCUGAUGCAUGGUCUAAUCACACUGAUGUUGGACUCCAGAGUGGAGGACAUCGAGGACGGGCAGCAGCUCAUUCGCUCCGUCAACCUGCUUGUGGUUCGAGUGCUGGAGAAAUCCGACCAGACCAACAUCCUAAGUGCUUUGCUGGUGCUGCUGCAGGACAGUCUUAUCAGCACUGCCGGUUCCCCCAUGUUCUCUGAACUUGUCAUGAAGUGUCUAUGGAGAAUGAUCCGUUUCCUGCCUCAGACCAUUAACAGUAUUAAUCUGGACCGCAUCCUGCUGGACGUGCACAAUUUCAUGAAGGUUUUCCCCAAAGAGAAGCUCAAACAGCUCAAGAGUGACGUUCCCCACCGGACACUGAAGACACUGCUGCACACACUCUGCAGACUCACCGGCGCCAAGGUACGCUUGAGACCCCAACAACCUGAAAGUUUGAAAAAGCAACACUUUGCUUUUGCUGAAAGUGAUCCGUCAAUGUCUGUCUCUCAGAUAUUAGAUCACAUGUCCAUGAUUGAGAACCGCAACGAGUCCGAACUGGAGGCGCACCUGAGGCGGGUGGUCAAGCAUUCGGCAAACCUGUCGGGACUCAAGUCUGACAAGAGCACAGAGAAGGGCGCCCUCAGAUCGGAUGACAAGGUGAUCAAGGCCAAAGUGAGUGACAUCCUGUCUGAGAUCUUUAAAAAGAUUGGCUCCAAGGAGAACACUAAAGAGGGUCUGACGGAGCUGUAUGAAUACAAGCAGAAGUACUCUGAUGCAGACCUCGAGCCCUUCUUGAGGAACACGUCCCAGUUCUUCCAGAGCUACGUGGAGCGAGGACUUCGCAUGAUUGAGUCUGAGCGUGAAGGAAAGGGCCGAAUCCAGACGUCCACAGUAAUCCCUCAGCACAGCACAGACUCUUUUCCUCCAAGCUCCAGCACUGUGCCCAACGGAGAAGAUCUGAACGCCGCCGCCUACUACGAAAGACUGAAGAUCUUACGGCAACGGCGCGGCCUUGAGAACUCAACGCCGGAGGAAGACCGACCUCCUCUCAGCUCCCUGAGACCAUCGGUGGCUUCCUCCACAGACAUGCUCCACAGCAAACUGUCCCAGCUGAAGGAGUCUCGUGAGCACUUCCAGCAGGAGCAGUCCCACUCCCACAGCCCCACCCGCUCCUCCUCCCCCGCCUCCAACCUCGACGACCUCAAAAAGAGGCUGGAGAGGAUAAAGAGCAACCGGCAGUAGAUCGGCGCCUCGCUUCAUUUUCGCUAACGCACUAGAUAGUCAGCUGACUCCCCCUAAACUCAACCAUCCCAACGUCUUUCAGGGUAAACAGUGCAUAGAUUACGGUUAAUGCGAAAUAGGAUGAAAAAAUAAAUAACCCGGUCUGUCAUUGUAUAAUAUUAAGUAAACAUUUUCUGUAUGUUAGUAUUGUGCACAGUUGUUUUUGUACAUACGGUGGCUAACCACACCAGGCUUUUAUGUGUCAUUUAGGAUUUUCCGUGUACAGUUUUCUUGUGCAGAAUGCUGUAAUAUGUGUAACUGAAGCUUGUUUUGGUUUUUUAAAUAGACAUUUUAGAGAAAUCUAAAUUAAUGUCGCUUUCACUUGGUCUCAACUCCUCUCCGUUCAACACUGUUUGACAUUUUUGCUGUUUUCUUUCUGCCUUUUUUUCUCUCUCUCUCUCUUCCAAGCAUCUCUGAAUCUCUCAUAACUUUUGAAGGAUUGAUUCCUUUCUUUUAAGGAGCAUGGCAUGAAGUACUGGAUCUUUCUUUUUAUGUAAAUAAAGUUUGCAUUACUAAA